UGGAGCAUCGCCCUCGGUGAAACAGUGAAGUGAUCAGGGUCCGAAUGCAGGCAGCAUUGCGCAGGAGCACUUUCAGUUUGCCAUUUGCCUGUCACAGUUAGGGUGAGGGAGACAGACAAGAGCAAACUUGCCCCUGGAGCUGGGAAGUUGAGUGAAGGGCGAGCGGCUGAUGGAUACAUUGUAGCGCGGAGGGAGAGUUUGAUACAUUUCAGGACAUUGAUACACUGUAUCCAGCCGGCUGGGGAAUUCCCCUCCUGCAACAUGGGCGGCUGCAGCAAGGCAGAACUUUACCAAAAGUUCCUGGCUUCCUACCAGAAGGAUUUCGUCUCCGGCAGCCUGUGUCCCUGCGCCGGGGGUGAGCAGCUCCGCCGGGGGAAGGAGCUUCUCGAUUCGAUGGCCUCUCCCCGCCAGCGCUUCCCGCUGCUGGAUUUCUACCGCCUGGCGCUGGGCUUUGUGGAAGCCAAGAGCGGGGAGGGCAGCGGACAGCAGUCUCUCUUCGCCCUCGGGAAAGCCUUUGAGCUGCUGGAGCUGAUCUGCAUCAACCUGUACCUGUGGCCCUGGAGAAAGGAGAUCAAGUCGAUCAAGACUUUCACAGGAGCCUUUGUCUACUUCAUUGAGCCAGUUUUUCCUCCAGAUGUCCUUCAAGGGAUCUUGGUGAAGAUGGGAUACACACAGAAAGGAAUCAGUGAAUAUGUGAUCUCAAAACAGGUCAGCAAAGAGGACAUUGGCCAGCUUGGGUUUGAAUGUUUCUUAGCCAGGGCUGAGUGUGUGCUGAUGCAGGAGAUUUUGGAGCAAGCCGUGUACAGUAAUUGUCAAGACAUUGUGCAGUUGAGAUCUUGCUUGUCUCUCAAUCAGGCCGACUGCAUCAAACACUUGAUCGCCAUGAAAGCCGGACCCAGAAAACUCAGUGAAUGGUCUGCUCCAGCAAAUGAGGGGUCCACAAAGUCAGGCUUGAGCUGUGAGGAAAGCCUCGACGAGUCUGGGCUGCCCAACUCACCCUUGCCACUCUCUGCCAACCACCAGGGAACCCUCGGGCUGCGGGUAGGAGCACUCGAGGAUAGAGAGUCAGACACUGCCAAUGAUCCAUUGUCCACCUCCAUGAUGUUUCCACCAGACAGCAUUGACCUGUACCGUGACUACUCCGACAUUGCCAUCGCUGGCAACUUGGGCUACUCAGGCCCUCCAAAGCUGCUUGAAGUUGUCAAUCCCAAUGGGGAAGGGGGGCAGUGCGACUCUCUGCUGCUCCUGAAACAGUCCAUGGUGCAAAAGCAUCGAUCAGAACCUCAUAUCAAACUGUCUCCAGAUCAACCCCAGUCCUUGAGCUUCUUCCCCAAUUCAACUCCAAUUGCGACUCCAUCGGACAGUAAGAACCUAAAGAUUAGAGACAGGGCAGAUUUCAAUACAGGAGAUCCAAACGCCUCCUUGAAACAUGGUGCACUGGAUGCCACCAGCCAGCUCUAUCCAGAGGACAGACCGUCCGAGAAAAACUAUCAGGCAUCAGACAGCACCUCAUCCGUGAAAUAUGGCAAGUUCCUGAAUGGGAAUUCUACCAGUCGGAAAAAGGAGAGUGACCCCCCAGUGGAGAUUGAGCUGAAGCAUAUGGAUAAGGAGAAACUGCCCUAUCCAACAACAGAGACUGCCCAGUUCCACCCCUUGAAACAGCUCCGAUCCUCGGAGGUUCAGUGUGUGGGUCUGAGCCAGGCUGAUCCAACAGGAGGGAAACGUCUUCGACAGACCCACACAGUUGACCAGCUCGCAGCUUGUCGGCCUCCCAGCCUUCCCAAGUGCUGCGUGUGCUCUCCGGUGGAGAUUCUCAGGGCCCCUACGCUGCUGGAACACUCCGAGCUCAUGAGCAACAUGCUGCAGGAUGGAGGGGGCCAGAUUGUCCGAGAGCCCCCCCAGUCUUUCUAUAUCCCGCCUGGCAGCCUGGAGGCUGGACCACCCUCAGCCGUGUCCUGCGAUAUCUCCGGGUCUCAGAUCUGUCCUCACUGCAGCUUGGGGCCAUCUGCGAGUCAGCGCCAUAUCAUGUCCAAGGAUUGCCUAGAAAUCCAGGAGCUGUUGAUUGGAGAAAGCCCUGACCCUUACGUCUGCGUGAGCAAGUUGCCAGAGGGGAGUGUCACCCUUAUCGAUGGUAAGUCAGUGAGGUGCAGUCACUGCAGGCAAGAUGAGGACCUUUAAACGCUGGCUUUUGGUGAGAGCCAUCCUUGGUGCUUGAGCUGACAACUGAGCCAAACUGACUGGCCAGGUCUCCGAGCAAACUGAACCAUCUCGUCAUAGUCCGUCCGCUUGAUCACCAAGGUGCUGGAAUUGCCCCACCCCCUCAAUGCCUGGGGCAGGGAGGGGAAAUCAGCCGGGGGCUCUUACUACCCAACAAAGUGGCUGAGUGCCUGGACGUGAUUGUUCAACAGAGUUGCCAAUAGACAAGUUGCCUUCUGACUGGUCUUUUCCGAGAGAAGUGACCCACUUAAGUGAAGCCUGAGGAGUGUGUGCAUGUGUCAGCCCCAUCAGAAGCGAUGGGGAGUACACAGUGACAACAAGCUGAUCCAGAUGUGAAAGUCUACUGCAGCGAGGAUACCCCGCCGUUUGGUCCAUUUCGUCCAAGAAGCACUUUGCCCCAGUCAUCCCUCCCUCUGUUCAGUUUGUACUAGCAAGGCCACCUUCAUUUUCACCCAGAAACCCAGAGCAAAGGCUGUAUCCACCUCGGAGAGAGCACAAAGGGCAAACCAAUCAAUGAUGAGCCUAAACCUUUUUGUUUUGAAUUGGUUCCGGAAGUGUGGGUGUCUCUGAGAAGUCUAACUUUAUACCAACCUCCCCCAUCCCUGGAUACCCCUGAGCAGGGGUAAUAGUAAGAUACCCUCUGUUCUCCAAGUGUUGAGAGUCCUGUCUCAGCAGUUUCAGACAGCAGUUAGGCCUCCGUCAUAUUGAUAUGAGACUGGAGUCACGUAUAGGUACGGACUGGGUAAACACAGAAAGCUUCAUCCUUUUAAACAUCAUGAAUGGACCUGUUGGGUUUUUACAACAAAACAAUAGCUUUACAGUUGCUUUAACUGAAACCAGCUCUUUAUUUCUGGACUUUUAUUGAAAAGCUGAAUUCUCAACUUAGCAGAGGAUAUUCCAUCUCUCACUCUGUGGGUUACUAGUCCACAAACUAGACCACUAGGGCACCUGGAAAUGGGUAAUGGGCCACUGAUGGAAAAAAGAUUAGAGUCCUGUAGUAAAACAAAAAGCUGAGAUCUGAAACUAAAACAGAAAUUGUUGGAGAAACUCAGCAGGUCUGGCAGAAUCAGUGGAGAGAUGGCAGUGUUAAUGAUUCAGGUCCAGUAAUCGUCCUUCAGAACUGAAAGGCUAGCGUCGUACCUGACACAUAGGAAGAUGUUUGUUGGUUGUUGGAGGUCAGUCAUCUC